CCAUGGUUAGUUGUCUGGCUUUCGCUAUAUUAACAUUUGCUGACUGAACCAAUCAGGGCGCUAUGGACCAACAGUGCCAUUGAAAAUGGCGAGAUGGUACACAAAUAUAUGGCGAAUUCCCUCGUUCGCGACUCGCCCCAGAUGCGGAGAAUUCAACAAGCAGUGAAAGAUGCUGGAAUGCAGGUCGUCCUGGGAUACAGUGAGCGAGAGGGUGCCAGUCUGUACAUGGGACAGUCAUUCAUUGCCCCAAGUGGAGAGAUUGUCCAUCACAGGCGAAAGAUCAAGCCUACCCAUGUAGAACGCACCCUGUGGGGCGAGGGUCAAGCUGAGUCUCUGACCACCGUCAUCAGCACUCCAUUCGGAAAAGUGGGCGGGCUCAACUGUUGGGAGCAUUUACAGCCUCUGCUGCGGUACUAUGAAUAUGCACAGGGAGUACAGAUUCACAUUGCCAGUUGGCCGGCGGAAUUCUGCAUGCCGGACCCCAAAGUCAUGGCAUGGCAAUACCACGAGACCGGCGAAGCCAGUUAUCGAGCAAGCCAAUUUAUGGCCAUUGAAGGACAGACAUUCGUUGCCAUUGCGUCGCAAAUCUUGACCGAGAAGAGCCUGGAAAGGUGUUUUCUGGUGGGGAAGCCGCCUAUCAAAACACCUGGUGGUGGCUUCUCAAUGAUCUUUGGCCCAGACGGCAAGCCCCUGGCAGAACAUCUUGAAGAUGGAGAAGAAGGAAUAGUCAUUGCUGAUGUCGAUUUGACGGAUAUCGAUCGGGCAAAGACCUUCAUCGACACAGUUGGUCAUUAUGCGAGACCAGAUUUAUUGAGCCUCUUGGUCAAUCCCUCGGCCGAUUCGUGCAUCACAAUGAUGAAGAAGUGAUCGCAUUCAUGCAGGGUUAUGG